AUGGCCGGACAAGCUGGUCCAUUUUCAAGAAUUCAAAAACCGAUUCCACCGCUGCAAGGAUCUUUUCCUCUUGAUCAUGAUGGUAUGUGUAAAAUGGAAAUGCUCAAUUAUGUUAUGUGUCUUAACAAGAAAGAGAAUUUAAGUCACGAAUGUCGAGACCUUAGCCGCGUGUAUUUACAGUGUAGAAUGGAUAAUGGAUUAAUGGAACGAGAUGAUUGGAGAAAUUUAGGAUUUCAUAAUGAUCCACAAGAUAAAGGAAAAGAAGAUUCCAGCAAUCGCAAAUGA